CUUCCCCCGUGAGACUACAUUUCCCAGAGUGCAAUGGUGGGGUUGUGUAAGUUUCUCCGUGGAGAAGGUGCAGGCAUUUUCGUUGUGUCGAGAAAAAUAAAGGGAUAUAAAACAGGCAACGGCGACAGCACAUAAUUUAUUUAAGUAGGGAGUUGGUGGUACACUACAGUUAAUUAAAGCGGUUUAUAACAUUGCGAUUUUCAUUUAAAAAUAUCUUUACAGAAAGAAAUCGGAAGGGAGCUUAAAAAAUGUCCUCCGCUCAAGCUUCUAGGAGGCAGUGGUGUUAUCUGUGCGACUUGCCAAAAAUGCCAUGGGCCAUGAUUUGGGACUUCAGUGAGGCUGUUUGCAGGGGGUGUGUCAAUUUUGAAGGCGCAGAUCGGAUUGAGAUAUUGAUUGACGCUGCCAGACAGCUAAAAAGAACACAUGUGAUGCAAGAUGGCAGAUCUCCGGGGCCCACAACAGGGAAACAUGGACCCAUGGGCAAGGAGGGCCCGAUGGAAGGAGGGAGGUCUGUUGUGGAGAGGUAUGUUAUGAGUGGGGAAAGGGGAAGGGUGCUUACAGAAUAUGGUGCAACACCCAGGCUUCCAAACGGCUUGCCAAGGCCAGAGGAUAGUCCAUCAGAUGCCAGUAGACAGAGCCCAAACUCCAGAAGAACUUUAGUUGGAUCAGUGCCACCAAAUUUGGUCUCACAGAGUUUGGUCGCAGGACCCCAAGGCCUUUUGGCAGCAGUGCCUGGCCUAGGACCUAGAACGAGUGGAACACCCCUAACCAUCACUACCUCUGUACUCAGUGAUUUAAGCAAAAGGCCUGCAUCAGUGUCUUACAGUGACUUUGAAAAAGAUCUUAAAGAGAAGCAGCGUUAUGCAGACGCUUAUGCUGAAUUGAGUGAAAGUAUGAGAAAUCGAGCUGAGGAGUGGUCAGGCAAGCCAAAAGUAGUGAAGGACAGCCUGGUUUCACUAUACAAUUGCACACCUUUUAAUAUCCGCUUUAAAAAGGACCACAGUUUGGUUGGCCGCAUAUUUGCUUUUGAUGCUGUACAGAAGCCUGGUAUGGAAUUUGAGCUGAAGGUUUUCACUGAAUACCCAUGUGGCUCUAACAAUGUAUUUUCCACCAUCGUUGGAGUUGCUAAACAGAUGUUUCAGGACUGCUUAAAAGACUCCAGUAAAGUUGUAUCUUCAGGUUUUAAAUAUGUGGAGUAUGAGAAGAGGCACAACACCAAUGACUGGCGUCUUUUGGGUGAGCUCCUUACUGAGUCUGUUCGCUUUUUCAAAGAGAUGGCAGCUGUUGAUCAGCUUCCACAACCGUAUCUUGAUGCAAACUGUCCUGUGUUACCUUCAUCAUUGUGCAGCUAUGGGCGUAAUUUGCCCCCCAGGGCUGGAAUGCGUCGACGUAAACCAUCCCCUGAACCAGAUGGGGAGGUGGGAGUUACUGGAAAACUUUCAGGUGAUGAACAGCAGCAAAGACAGCAGUGGAUUCAGCAAACCUCUGUUAACAUGUAUUCUGGAAUGCCACUUUUACCACCCUCUUCAGUUGUGCCUCAUACCAGCCAGUCCUCAACAGCAGAUGGAGUGUUUCGCAAUGACCCAUCACCUAUUACUGCCCUGAAAAAUGUUGCAGAUAACCUGGGAACUGUGCAAUCUCCCAAAGAAGCAAAUCAGGUUCAUUCUACCACAGUUUCACGACAGAACAGUGGCAGCCCAUCUUCUCCAGUCACUACAGCUGGGCAACAUCGUUUGGUGUCACGGAAUGGAGAACCAUCCUCAACACCUGGAUCUUCUAGUACACAUCCGGGGAGCAGCGACCAGCUGAAUACGCAAAACACACCAGAUUCUUCUGGGGCACCUAGUAGCUCACCUCUGUGCUGCACAAUUUGCCAUGAACGUUUGGAAGAUACUCAUUUUGUUCAGUGUCCAUCUGUGCCCAGCCACAAGUUCUGUUUUCCAUGUUCCCGGGAUUUCAUAAAGGGCCAAGGUGCCACUGGGGAAAUCUACUGUCCUAGUGGAGAGAAGUGUCCUUUGGUUGGUUCUAGUGUACCAUGGGCUUUCAUGCAGGGUGAGAUUGUCACCAUCCUUGCUGGUGAUGUGAAAGUAAAGAAAGAGCGAGACCCGUAGAACUUCAUAUGUUACUGUGUUUGCUGGGCAUAUGUGAGGUGGUGGUAGCAGUGGAGAAGAUGGGCUCAGUGAUGCUGCAUAUGUGGAACUGAUAUCCUUUUUAUUAUUUUUCCCUAAAUCGGUGGCAGACCAGCUGAGGGUUGCAGUGCAUUCUCUGUGCUGCCCACCCAUUUUUUUUUUCUUUGUUUUUAAAAAAAAAAAAAAAAAAAAAAAAAAAAAGACUGCUACUGCAUCAAGCCAGACGUCUUCUGGAAGCUGAUUAAACUUCAGCAGUUUUAAAAAUGUGUUUGUUUGUUGGUCUAACUUGCAGCAUCAUUAUAUGAGUAAAUUUAGUUGUUCGGGGUAGUGUAGUGGGGUGUGUCAAGCUCAGUUUUCACGUGAAAGUGCUACAAUUUGGUAGAAGGAUGGCUGCAUCCCAUGAAAGGUGCUGCUGGUCAGUUCUAAAGUCUUUGUAAAAGAAUUGUGCAUUUAUUUGCUGUUUCUCAGUACUAUUUAACCCAAACCUUACUUCGUUGCUUUUUAUGUAGAAAAUAAAAAGUUCAGUUAACACAAUUUCAAUUUAUCUUUUACUUUGAUUGCAACACCAAACCCUGUUGACUUUGCACAGUUUGACUUGUCUGAGUAAGGUACAUUUUGCUUCAUAGCAGAUUGCUAGAGCAUUUACAAGAUUGCAUUGUGGUGGUUAGCAGUUAGCAAAUGGAAGUUACCUUGCAGAUUGUAAAUAGUGGACUUCAGAGUAAUUGAUUAAAAUAAAAAAUGAUUGUGAUUUUUCUGGGGGGGGGGGGGUUAAACUCGCAUCUAUAAAAAAAAAAAAGUUCCUUGUUUUUGGUGUGUUCAUUAUUGAAGACCCCCCCCCCCCCCCGAGUUUCUCCUUUUUCAAAACAAUAAGUAACCAGCACAAUAUUUAUAGCUGUGAUUACUGCUAAUGCAGUGGUGCUUUAUGGUACUUUAAAGGCAAGCAUUGGUUCCUGAUUUUUCACUGACAGCAGCAAUGAUUGGGUUGAUUACUGUAGUAGUAGUGUUUGCUGGGCGAAAUCAUGAACAUGUAUGUUUUAAUUUUAUUUCUUAAGGAAGCUAUGCAGUUUUUAAAUUAAGAAGAUGCCCCACUGUUAUGUCGUGCUUGUCAAUAAACUUUGUUUUGUCUUGUC